GCGGCCCCUCGCGGGCUUAGCACGCCCGAUAGCACUAACGCGCCGGCCCAGCAAAUCUUUUGUCGGGGCGGCGCUGAGCCAGCAGGGCGCCGCCCGCUAUAUCUGGGGCCCCCGCGGGCCGGUGGGACCGCGCACCAGGCGCAGCAUGGCGCAGCGCUCGGGGAAGAUUACUCUCUACGAGGGCAAGCACUUCACGGGGCGGAAGCUGGAGGUCUUCGGGGACUGUGACAACUUCCAAGACCGAGGCUUUACGAACCGGGUGAACUCCGUCCGCGUGGAGAGUGGGGCCUGGGUCUGCUUCGAUCACCCCGACUUCCGGGGCCAGCAGUUCGUCCUGGAGCACGGCGACUACCCCGACUUCUACCGCUGGAACAGACACAACGACCACAUGGGCUCCUGUCGGCCUGUUGGAAUGCAUGGGGAGCAUUUCCGCCUAGAAAUCUUCGAGGGCUGCAACUUCACGGGCCAGUGCCUGGAGUUCAAGGACGACUGUCCCUUCCUUCAGAGUCAGGGCUGGGCCAAGAACUGGGUCAACGCCAUCAAGGUGUACGGGGACGGAGCGUGGGUCCUGUACGAGGAGCCCAACUACCGCGGCCGCAUGUACCUGGUGGAGCGGGGCGACUUCCGCAGCUUCUCCGACUGGGAGGCCCACAGCGCGCGCGUCCAGUCCCUCCGCCGGGUGGCCAACUUCUACUAACCGCCCGCCCGCCAGUGUCCGGCUGCGACCAGGAGCGGCCCGGAGAGGGGGACAGUCCCCUCAGCCCGCCCAGGACUCGGACCGUGGGAAAUAAACGU